AUCAAGGCUUUGUAAGAACACGAAGCAUAGGAACCAGUAGGUGACCAGCUCGAAGUGGUUAACAAUAAAAAAGUUCAUAUCAAUGUUUUUUUACGGCAAGUUUUCUGACGGCAACAAACGUGUCUGCUGACUUCCCUGUGCGUAUUCUGAUGGAUUUUGAAUCCGCAACAUUUGGUCCUAGAUCCGGUCCUGACCCUAGGUCACGUUCAAGGUACCAGUCAUCCUGAUAAGUCUAACAAUUUCAUCAGUUCUUUCAAGUUUUGUCAAUUCGAAGUGAGUGAACCGUUGACUUCUGUGCCGUUUCCUGCGAAAAAAGGACUUAACGAAAAUGUGUGAAAAUCUGGCUUCAGUCGACGAUUUCGAAAAACAUGCCUAUUCUGUGCUGCCCAAAAAUGCCCUGGACUACUACAGGAGCGGUGCUGGUGCGCAAACAACAUUAGCAGACAACAAGAGGGCUUUCUCAAGGUAUAAAUUGAGACCACGUAUUUUGAGAGAUGUAUCGAGAAGAGACCUUUCUACAACUGUACUUGGAGAGAAGGUAGCCAUACCUUUUGGUAUAGCACCUACAGCUAUGCAGAGAAUGGCAAAUCCAGAAGGAGAACUAGCAAAUGUUAGAGCCGCACAAGCAAUGGGAACUGUAUAUAUUUUGAGUACACUUGCGACCAGCAGCAUAGAAGAAGUAGCUCAAGCUGCACCUGACUGUACAAAGUGGUUCCAAUUGUAUAUUUUCAAAGAUAGAUCUGUGACAAGAGAUUUGGUUUCGAGGGCCGAAAGAGCAGGAUUCAAGGCUUUGGUUCUGACAGUAGACGCACCAGUUUUCGGCAUUAGGCAGGCGGAUGUAAGGAAUGGUUUCAAUCUACCAGCACACUUAAGAUUAGCCAAUUUCACGGGUGCUAGUUUGAACAAAUUUGACGAUAAAGCUGACGGAUCCAAGUUGACUGCUUACGUUGCAUCAUUAUUCGAUGCAACACUUAACUGGGAUGAUAUCAAGUGGUUGAAGACAAUAACCAAGCUUCCGAUCAUAUUGAAAGGUAUCUUAACAGCAGAAGAUGCUAUCCUAGCUGCAGACGCUCAAAUUGAUGGGGUCGUUGUAUCGAACCAUGGGGCACGCCAGUUGGAUGGAACGUUUGCUACUAUCGACGUGCUGGAAGAAAUAGUGAGAGCUGUAGAUAAUAGAGUUGAGGUGUAUUUAGAUGGAGGAAUAAGAAGUGGCACUGAUGUAUUCAAAGCACUAGCACUUGGUGCUAAAAUGGUAUUUCUAGGAAGGCCUGCCUUAUGGGGUUUAGCCCACAGUGGAGAGGAGGGAGUUAAAAAAAUGCUGAGAAUUGUCAGAAAUGAGUUUGACACAGCUCUUGCUUUAAGCGGUUGUACAAACAUUGGAGAAAUAAGAAGAUGUAUGGUUUAUUGUGAAUCUAAAUUGUAGAUUUUUCGCAAAAAAAACUCUUGUGUGCCAUACCUAGAGAUUUGUUGUAUUCACAUAAUCUCUAAAUAAUUUGAAGUUCUUCUACGUGCAGUAAAUGUAAUAUUCUAAUGAGAAUCUAUUCAAUAUUCAUGGACUAUUUGCCUAUUAUUAAUUAAUUUUUUGGAAAUUAAUUGGUUAUGAAUUGAAUAUCUAUAUUCACAAAAAUAUACGAGAUAAUCGACCAUU